CGGACACAGAGGACCAACGAAGCCGGAAACUUUGGAUUAAAUCCCAUCUGGCAUGCUGUUUAGCUAGCCGGCUAACAGGCUAAGAAGGCUGGCAGCUGACUGCAGCUUUCUGAUUGUGUCCAGAUUAGUUUGAAAACCACCACAGGAGGAUGAAUAAGAGACAGAAUCAGCUUGUUUAUAUCCUCCAGCGGUUUGUUGUCACUGUUCUGGCAACAGUGAUGUAAAGGAUUUUGGGAGCAUAAAUACUGUAGCUGAAGUUUUUGGGGCUUGAAAAUGGAGGAUAAAUACAGCAGCAACGUCCUGUCAGGGGGGAAGCUGGGCAUGGUGGAAGUACCUGAUUCCAGAUUAACCAGGUACAUCGUUUUACUGAUCAUCUCAAAGGUCCUCAAAGCUCUCGGGAUCUUUGAGUCGUACGACAUCCUCAAAGUUGUUCACGUAGUUCAGUUUAUCUUCGUAUUGAAAUUAGGGAGUGCUGUUAUUCUCCUUUUCUUUCAAAAGCCUUUUUCAUCUGGAAAAGUCAUCUCAAAAAGACAGUGGAUAAAGUUACUAAAGCACGCUGUUUUCAGCUGUGUCAUAUCCCUCCUGGGCUUCUUUGGUCUGACUCUCUGUGGACCUCUAAGGACGUUAUUGCUUUUUGAGCACAGCGAUGUGGUGGUCAUCGCUCUCCUCGGCGUCCUGUUCACAAACUCAGGAGGCGGACCAUCCAAGACCAGAGGUGCUGCUUUCUUCAUCAUCGCCGUGAUCUGCCUCCUCCUCUUCGACAACGACGAUCUGAUGGCGAAGAUGGCCGAGCACCCUGAGGGACACCAUGACAGCGCGCUCACUCAUUUCCUCUACACUGCCAUUGCGUUUUUAGGGGUUGCAGAUCAUAAAGGUGGUGUGGUGCUGCUGGUGGCCUCCUUGUGUCUGAAAGUCGGCUUCCACACAGCGUCCAGAAAGUUAUCAGUGGAAAUUGGUGGUGCCAAGCGGCUCUACGCCCUCGACAACCUGGUUUCUGCGGUGGUGCUGCUGCCCUGGGUCAUAGUGCUGUCAGCGACCACGGAGAGCAAAGUGGAGUCGUGGUCGUCCCUCGUCCUGCCCUUCGGGAUGAUCAUCUUCUCCGUCAUGAUCCUGGAGUUUUACGUCGAGGCCAUCUGCUGCGCCAAGAUGGAGACGCCGCGGUGCGCCCGUUAUGGCGCCAUCGCCCUCUUCCUCAGCGCCCUGCUGCUGGCCAACUUCUGGACUCACCCGCUGACCGACCAGCUCCGCUCCAUGAGCAAACCGCCCCAGCAGGUCAGCACUGAGCACGUGCUGUCUGGUGGGGUGCUGGUCAGCGCCAUCUUCUUCAUCAUGUCCUCCAGUAUUCUCUCGUCUCCAUCGAAGAAAGGUCAGAAGGGCACCUUGGUGGGUUACUCCCCUGAAGGGACGCCGCUGUACAACUUCAUGGGCGACGCCCUGCAGCACACGUCACAGUCCCUCCCGCGGUUCAUCAAAGAUUCCCUGAAGCAGAUCCUGGAGGAGUACGACUCCAGACAGAUCUUCUACUUCCUUUGUCUCAACCUGGCUUUCACCUUUGUGGAGCUGUUUUACGGCGUUUGGACCAACAGUCUCGGAUUAAUCUCUGAUGGCUUCCACAUGCUGUUCGACUGCUCUGCUUUGGUCCUGGGCCUGUUCGCUGCCCUCAUGACCCGCUGGAAAGCCACUAGGAUCUUCUCCUACGGGUACGGUCGAGUUGAAAUACUGUCUGGAUUCAUCAACGGCCUGUUUCUGAUGGUCAUCGCUUUCUUCGUCUUUAUGGAGUCGGUCACGCGUUUGUUGGAUCCUCCGAACAUCAACACAGACAUGCUGACGCCGGUGUCAGUCGGAGGUUUGCUGGUCAACCUGGUGGGAAUCUGCGCCUUCAGUCACGCUCACUCACACGGCAGCAAAAGCUGCUCGUCACAUGACCACGGUCACUCGCAUCACGGCCACUCCCACAGCGAGCACGGCCACGGAGGCCACGGGCACUCUCACGGAGGACAUGGACAUGGUGGACAUGGACACGGCAGCCACGGACACGGCGGACACGGACACUCCCACGGCUCAGGAAGCGGCGGCAUGAACGCCAACAUGAGAGGUGUCUUCCUCCACGUCCUCGCCGACACUCUGGGCAGCGUCGGCGUCAUCAUCUCCACCAUCCUCAUCCGGCAGUUCGGGUGGCUGAUCGCCGACCCCAUCUGCUCGCUCUUCAUCGCCACGCUCAUCUUCCUCAGCGUCAUCCCUCUGCUGAAGGACGCCUGCGAGGUUCUUCUCCUGCGAACUCCACCGGAAAACGAGAAGGACCUGAACAGUGCGCUAGAAAAGAUCGAGAAGAUCGAAGGAGUUCUGUCGUACAGAGACCCUCACUUCUGGAGGCAUUCGGCCAACGUGAUCGCUGGGACCAUCCACCUGCAGAUCAUGUCGGAUGUGGUGGAGCAGAGGAUCAUACAGCAGGUGACGGCCAUCUUGAAAGACGCGGGGGUGAAUAAUCUGUCGGUCCAGGUGGAGAAGGAGGCGUACUUCCAGCACAUGUCUGGACUCAGCACCGGAUUUCAAGAAGUCCUGGCGAUGACGCAGCAGAUGGAGUCCAUGAAGUAUCUGAACGACGGGACGCGUAUCAUGUAAAGCUUUUAUCAGUGGGACCAAAUGAAACUUUAAGGAUUCAAAGCCUGAGUCUCUUUUUCAUUGAAAUGUACAGUGUAUGUAUGUGGUUUAAAUAAAUCUGAAUAUAUUGCUUUUA